AUAAAAGUCAGUGUGGCUUUACACAACUCCAACGUAAACACAUUCUUACAGUUUUGCAUAACGUUUAUAAUAUUCAAAGCGAUAAAAUUCUAGUUUGUACUAAGACCAAACAAUGUCGCUUCGAAAUCAAGCAGAUAGAGUGGAGAUCGCAGGCUCUUCAAAUUGGAGCCAUGCUCAAGACGUGGUGGGGGAACCCAAUGAGAACGUGGCUGUGGCGGCAGUAAGUCCUGUGGGAAGAUCUCGGGGUCCUGCUGCCGCGUGGCUGGCCUCGACGGGUGCCACACCCCAACCCACUUUCCCAACGACUUCUGGCAUAUCCGAUGCCUUCUACUCUGAAGGUCCCUCUUCGGCCUCGUUCACCUCUGUUUCGCCCAGAUCCGCCGAGUCUGUGAUGCCUCCUGUGGACCGCUCUAUGUUUUCAAGCAUUCUAAGGAGUUGCAACAGUUUGCUGGCCGAGCAGGGGAACGACAUAGCUACCCUGGCCGCGGCUGAGGAGUUCUAUGCCACCCUAACCAACGUGAUUGAAACUGUAGGUCGCCUCACUGCGGCAACUGGUGCCAACCUGAGGGACAAUCCCACCGAUUCGGGAUUAUAUAGGAAACUGGUAUCGCAUUUGGUGGAUCUCGAAUCUGUUAAAAUCAAGGUGCAGGUUACCAUGAGUAGGUUAAAGGAGCUGUCUGAGGAAGAUCCUGUAGCGGAAUCAAGUACCUAACCGAACGAAUUCCACCGACUUUGGUUCGGCGCCUUAGUCAGUUGUUAGAUAAAGGUUAUAAUAUAGUUAAUAUAUAUAUUUUGUUAAUGGUAAAACGAUAAAUA